AUGGUUAACCCAAUCCCAGAAUUUGCUAAGAAAGUAUGGUCCAAGUGGAAUAUUAGAGGCGUUAUCCUUGUUAGUCUUACCCUACAAAUAAUUCUCAUAUUUAUGGCACCUAUGAGAAAACGCACCAAAAAAAGCAUAUUGGUUAUGUUGCUAUGGUCUACAUACCUUCUUGCAGAUUAUACAGCCAACUUUUGUGUUGGACUCAUCUCCAAUAAAUAUGCGGAUGAAGACAAACCCAGCUCCACUAUCAAUGAUUUCGUGCUUGCAUUUUGGACACCCUUUCUUCUAUUGCAUUUGGGUGGCCCUGACACCAUCACUGCUUUUUCUCUUGAGGACAAUGAACUUUGGCUCAGACACAUGCUUGGACUCAUUGUUCAGGUCUGUCUAACCAGUUAUGUCUUCCUAUUGACACUACCCGAAAACACGUUAUGGCUCCCUACAACCUUUGUUUUCUUGGCAGGGAUCAUCAAGUUUGCCGAAAGGACUCGGUCUCUUCAACUUGCAAGUGUUAGCAACUUUCGGCAAUCUAUGGUUCGUAAACCAGACCCAGGUCCCAAUUAUGCAAAACUAAUGGAGGAAUUGAAGUCUAGAAGGGAUGCUGGACUUCCCGCCAAAAUAGUAAAAAUGCCAGAAAUUGCUGAUCCAAUACUACUAGACACUAACACUUCCCAACAAUUUCAAAAGCUAGAAGAGGCAAGUACUAGUGCAAAGCAUGGGGUUCAAGAUGAGUCUAAGGAUGAAUCAGAUGGCAAUAGUAUUCAAGAAACAACAAAAGUUGCCAGAGACAACGAGCAAGAGGAAAAUCUAUGUGAUGUGGAGGUAGUGAGAGAUGCUUAUAACAACUUUGUUACAUUUAAAGGGCUUGUUGUUGACAUGAUUUUUAGCUUCCAUGAACGUAGUGACAGCCGCAAUUAUUUCAUCAAACUAACUGCAGUAGAUGCUUUGAGAGUUAUAGAGGUUGAACUCAACUUCAUAUAUGAAGCUUUUUAUAGUAAGGCAUCAGUUUUAUUCAACAAAGUAGGAUUCUUGUUUCGAUUUGUGUCUGUUAGUUCAGUUGUGGCAGCCUUAGUGCUUUUUGUUUUUGACCAAAAGCAGGGUUGCAAUGAGUUUGAUGUUAAAGUCACCUAUACAUUGCUGUAUGGUGCUGUGGCCUUGGAUGUUGUGUCUCUGUACCUGCUCAUUUCCUCUGAUCACACAUUUGCAUCCUUUAACUCUCUUGGUUCUAAGAGAAACGAUUUUGUUGGUGGCAUAAGUGCAUUCAAGGACUCUAUUUUUAGAGGUUUUCUUAAGUUCAAGAGACCAAUUUGGAUAACAAGCGAGGUCAAGAGUCCAACUUGGUUACGAAAUAGGAAGAAAACACAGUUGUGUAGGCAUGUAAUUUUUCGUAGAUGGUCUGAAUCCAUUUCCGGAUUCAACUUGGUAUCAUAUUGCCUACAGAAGAAGAGGACACAUUGGCUAGACAAGGUCAUUGAUUACAUUGGAGCCAAAGAAUUGGUAGAACAAUGGAAAUAUGAGAAGAAGCAACCAUUGCUCCAAGAGCUUUGGAUUUUUAUCUUCAAGGAAUUGAAGAGAAAAUCUGAGGAUGUAGAUGAUGUUGAAACUAUACAGAGAAUUUGCUCUUCUAGAGGUGAGUGGGUUAUCCAAGAGGGUGAAUUACUGCGGGAUGAUAUAGACAAAUUGAUGCCUCAUGUAGAUCGCAAUAUUGUUACCUUUGAUGAAUGUCUCAUUUUGUGGCACAUUGCCACAGACCUCUUGUUCUAUGAAGUUGAAGAAGAUGUUGAGAAAGGAAAUCAUAAUGUUCAUAAAAGUGAUCAAGAUGGUGAGCUUAAAGAUUUGAGUAAGAUUUUGUCAGAUUACAUGUUAUACCUUUUGAUCAUGCAACCUACCAUGAUGUCUUCUGUUAGGGGAAUUGGACAGAUAAGGUUCCAAGACACAUGUGUUGAGGCCACUAACUUCUUUAGCAAGAGGGAAAUGAUGUCAGAGGUUAAAGCACUUUCUAAACCAUGCAUGAAACUCAUGGAUGUGUGUGUUGAAGUAGAACCCUCUGCUGUGAAGGGUGAUAGGAGCAAAUCCUUGUUGUUUGAUGCUUGUAUAUUGGCCCAUAAGUUAAAGCAAUUAAAAGGGAUGAAGAAAUGGAAAAUCAUAGCACAAGUAUGGGUUGAGUUGUUAUCAUAUGCAGCAUCUAAUUGCAUCCCCAUUACUCAUGUCCAACAACUUUGUAAAGGUGGAGAAUUCCUUUCCCUUGUUUGGCUAUUGAUGACUCAUUUAGGCCUUGCUAAACAGUUUCAAAUCAAGGAAGGCCAUGCAAGGGCCAAAUUGAUCGUGGAGGAAUGA